CGGAACAGGAGCAACAUCAGAAGAUUCAAACAUGGAUCUUGUGCUGAACGUUGCCGAUUAUUACGUCCUCACCCCGUACGUGUACCCCGCAUCCUGGCCUGAGGACGGUGCCCUGAGGCAGAUCAUCAGCCUGCUGGUGCUGACGAACCUCGGGGCUGCAGUCCUGUACCUGGGCCUGGGAGCCAUCAGCUACUACUUUAUCUUUGACCACAAUCUGAAGAAACACCCACACUUCUUAGAGAAUCAGGUUCAGAGGGAGAUCCAGUAUGCAAUGACCUCUCUUCCCUGGAUCAGCAUUCCCACAGUGGCCUUGUUUUUCGCUGAAGUUCGAGGUUACAGCAAACUGUACGACAGCGUCAGUGAAUCUCCGCUGGGUUGGCCGGGACUCUUCCUGAGUAUGAUCUCCUUCCUGUUUUUCACUGACAUGUGCAUCUACUGGAUUCAUCGGUUCCUGCAUCAUAAGCUUAUUUACAAGCUGUUUCACAAACCACACCACUUAUGGAAGAUCCCAACGCCAUUUGCCAGCCAUGCCUUUCAUCCAGUAGACGGCUUCAUGCAGGGACUCCCGUACCACAUCUAUCCCUUCCUCUUCCCCCUCCACAAGCUGCUUUACUUGGCCCUGUACAUUUUUGUCAACAUUUGGACCAUCUCCAUCCACGACGGUGACUAUCGCGUCCCCGACACUCUGACGAGUUUCAUCAACGGCUCCGCUCACCACACCGACCACCACCUCUUCUUCGACUACAAUUACGGCCAAUACUUCACCCUGUGGGACCGCGUGGGAGGCUCCUACAGGCACCCAUCGGCUCUGAUGGGCAAGGGUCCCCACGAUCAGAUCCGGAAACUUCAAGCAGAGGGUAAGCUCGGAGGCGACAGAGUGAAGGCUAAAGGGCAGGUGAAUGGACAUGUUCAGAGGGAAGUCACCUGUAAGGAGGAGUAACUGUCGGGACGAAAUGAUGACUAAUUGCUGAAAGUGAAACUAUUUUUGUAAAGACAAUCUGCUGCAUCCACUCUGUUAGAAAACAUAUCAGAGCACAGUUUGAGUUCUUUUACUCUAUUUGCCAAAUAGACUGUUGUGAGGGUAAUUGAUAUCAUAGUCAUAAAGGUCAAUUUGACUGAAUAUUGAACAAGCAAUUCAUCUUUGUAAGAUCAGACUGAAUCUGAAAAAUGAUAAAAGGGAACAUUCUGGUGUUUUUCGAGAAACAUCAAAAUUGUGGACAUUUGUGGUCCACCUUUGUUUCAGAUAUAUUGAUGCAAGCAGCACAAGCCUCUUAACGCUUUCCAUAGAAACUUCAGUUUUGCAUAAUUAAUGUCAAACACCUAAGUCUGACUGAAAGUAAACACAGAAAUUAGUCCCCUUCAUCAGCAUGUGUAGCCAACUACAUAGAGUUCUAUUUCAUCCUUUCUGACCGCCAGAGGCGGUGCUUUAAGCACUGAAUGACUUCGUCUCGCACAUGUGCAGGUCGAGAAGUAAUACCAACAAAGUCACCUGUGAGUGACCCCCGGACGACCUCGGACAGGCUAUAACUUCCGGUGUCAUCAGGGGAUCUGUUCCUUUUUUCUUGUCGCUUUGCAGGUGUACUACGGCCGUAGCAUUCCUAACCCUAACCCUUGGCGAAACGUGUUAGCGAGCUUCAUGCCCUGUCGAUCAGCAGUUCUUGCCUAUGGUGGAUCUCAGACAGUUCAGGGGUCACCUUAUGGCCAAAUCCUGCAUUCUUGCCUAUGGUUUUGUCAAACUUGCACUUUAAUCAGCCAAUCCAGCUGGCUUGGUUUGACCCGCCAGUAGGGGAAGGGGAUGAGAAGUCGGUGCUGUUGUGUCCUGUGCGGGCUCUGAGAGCCAGUGGACUGUACUGUGGGUAUACGACAGUCGGACCAGCUUUUUGUGUGCUUUGGCGGUCCAAAGAAAGGUUGUCCUCUCUCCAAACAGCGUCUGGCUCACUGGAUCGUGGAAGUCAUUUGUCACACAUAUAAGACGGGUGGUCGUCCCCUGCCAUCUGGCAUGAGAUGCCACUCUGUGAGAAGCGUCUCCACAUCAUGUGCUGUACUGAGAGGAGUGCCUCUGGAGGCAAUAUAUGCCACAGCCUCAUGGGCGUCAUCAAGCACCUUUGCAAGGUUCUAUCGAGUAAACAUUGCCUCUCCUCACCCACUGGGUGUGGUCCUCCUACAAAGUUCUUCUGCUUCCAGUCAAUGAGGUCUGUAUUUUGGAUUCCUCGUGACUUUGUUGGUAUUGGUCAUCAAGUGCUUAAAGCACCGCCUCUGGCGUCAGGAAGGAUGAAAUAGAACGAUAGUUACGCAUGUAACUACGGUUCUAUGAAUCCUGGAUGACUGCCAGAGCGUUCAGUCACUCAGAAUCCUUGUGGUUUUGCAAUAAGAUUCUGCAGGAACAGAUCCCCUGACGACACCGGAAGUUAUAGCCUGUCCGAGGUUCGUCAGGGGGUCACUCACAGGUGACUUUGUUGGUAUUACUUCUCGACCUGCGUCUUUCAGUACUUAAAGAUUCAAGAUUCAAGAGUCUUUAUUGUCAUUGCACAUGUCAAUGAAAUUUUCGUUGCAACCCCCAUGUUAGAUGGUAAGAAAGA